CCUACUUUUAACAAUAAUAUAAAUUUUUGAUCUAUAUACAUGUAAAAACCAGGUUUUGUCGUGUGAAAAAUAGGUUGUGCAGUGAUGCAAAUUAAGGUUGCACCAUGUUAUUCGGUGUCCAGAGUGGAUAAGAAUACGUAUAAUGCUCGCUGCGGACUACUUAAAAUAGAGAUCUAGGGACAAUGCACGAAAAUGGAAAAAACAAAGUUACGAGAACGGAUGUCACUUCGUGAACUAGAAAAGCCUUGGAACGCAAAAAAACUCAAUGAUUUUUUAAAGGCCUGGAAAUUAAUAAAAGAGCUUCCACCAGAUAAUCCAAAUUCGUUUUGGAGUCUUGCUACAUAUCAUGGUGUACCAUUUAAGAAGACAAUAGUCGAAGACAUCCAAAAUAAUAAUAAUACUGUGUUUGAAUAUUUGCGUCAUUUGUUUUCACGAAAGGACGACAUACCACACAAUCAGCAGAAGUGGGGUGGAUACUGCCAACAUGCUAAUGUUUUGUUUCCAUCGUGGCAUCGCCUGUAUCUUUUACGUGUGGAACAAGCCUUGCAGACAGUUAUCCCUGGUAAAGAUGUAGCAUUACAUUAUUGGGACCAAACUUCAGAAGAAAGCCUCCAACAUGGUUUACCUAGCAUCUUAACCAGGAAAACUGUCAUGAUUGAUGGUAAAGAAGAAGUAAAUCCUCUCUUAAAUUUCACUCUGCCAAGGCAAAUUGAUGCCGAUGAAAACAGUUUUUACAAGAAACCUAUCCAUUACACGACAGUCCGCUACCCUUUUUCAGGCAUCAUGAAUCCCAAAACAGCUGCAGAAAUCGCAAACAAACACAAUGAAAAGUUAUCGCGACUUAAUAAAUCUCCAGAUGAAUUGUUGAAUGAAAACAUCAAGUACUGGUUAAGCCAUGGCUUCGGAAAGAAGAACUCAGUAGUAUCUAGUUAUGAAGACUGCUUGGAUGAGACAGAUUACAAUAAAUUUUCAAACACGAGUUCAGCAAGAGUUAAAGGUACAGUUGCAAUUUCCUUGGAACAGCCACACAAUGAUAUGCAUCUUUCAAUAGGUGGAUUCUCUUUACCGAAAACUAAUGAACACGGGGAAAUUGAAAGAGAUAAUAAUGGACAUCCAAUUAUACAAAAUUAUGGUUUGGUAGAAGGUGCAAAUGGAGAUAUGGGUGCAAAUGAGAUGGCUUCUUUUGAUCCAAUUUUUUUUGUGCAUCAUGCAAAUGUAGAUAGAAUGUUUUGGGCUUGGCAAAAAAAACAUAACCACAGCACAGUUGAAACAAGUUUUAAAAUUCGGGAAGAAAAAAGAAGUGAAGUUGGACGUGACGAUGUUCUUGGUACAUCAACGAAUGGUCAAGGCCCAUCUCCUAACCAAUCCUAUGAUGAAAUAUUAGGUAUGAAUACCGUGUUGUAUCCGUUCCAAAAUUCAGUAGGCAUGCCUAUGACAACCAAAGAUUGCGUUGAUAUCGAAGCACAGCUUGGAUACACCUAUAGUGUAGGCUCCUUUGACAAAUUUUAUUGGCCCAGCUAUGCGCCAAAGAUUAAGUAUUCAUACACCGUGACCGAAUUAACGCACUUCACUGAUUUGAUGAAAAGGUUGACACAAACACAUACAUCAAAUCCUAAGGAAAUCUGUUUUGAUUUUACAUCCGUUAUAGCGCCAACUCAUCAUUGGGAAACCCUGCCAUUUUUUAAAAAAGGCAGUCCAGAAUUCACCUAUAGUGGGUGCAAAUGGAAGAGGAUGUUUUACUUGCGUGUGUGUAAUCUGAAAUGUGAUGACUACCCAGGUUCGUUUGUUGUGCGGGCGUUUUACAAAAAGAAUGGUAAAGAAUAUUUUGCAGGCCAGCGUGGUGUGUUAAAUCGAUGGAAUCGCAAAAUUUGUGAAAAUUGCCAGUACAACAAUUUUAAAAGCGUUGUAUUUAAAUUCCAUGAAAACGAUGUUUCCUUUCCUACUGAGGUUAAUAAAAUUGAUGUUGAUGUUUUGGCGAAAAAUCCUGUUACUGGAAACAAUGAAGUACACAAGAUAUGCUGCGGCGAAGGGUCGUGUGGUGACAAGCGAUCUCCCAAGAAAGAACUUUUAGUUUCUUUUGAAGAACUAACUAAAUAUCGCUUUCUUUAGCGGUACUGUAAAAAUAUUUCUGUGUGCCUAAAAGUUUUGUCGAAUUUGAGAAUUUCUUAUUACAAGGAGAGUUUCGAAAGAAAUUUAAUUAGUAUUAGGAAAUGAAGACCAAAUGUUUUUUUCGUGACACGGAACAAAAUGUACAUUCUGAAUGACAGGACAAUUUUGUUUUUGACAGCCAACCAUGCAACGCACGCGACAAACAAGGCUUUCCAAACCGUUUUAGCGUAGACUUGUUUACGUCUAUUCAUAAAACACUUCUCUUUACGUAUCUGCUUUAAAAUCAAAUAAUUGAAUUCAAUUUUGAUAAUCUUCUAUGCUGUUCGCUUCUUCCCUGAUAUAGUUAACAUCUCAAAAUAACGUACCAAAAACAAUUCCCCUUCGUUUAAACCUUACGAAACUCUUAUAUAUCCUAUCUAUAUAACAAACCCCCAAUAUAGUGAACUCUCGAUUAAACGAACCAUAUUUUUUGUUCGAAAGUGUUCGAGUUUUAAACGAUUUAGGUCUUUUGA